AUGAAGUAACAGAAUAACUCUUUUAUUAAUCUAGAAGAUUUAAUGAGAUCAAGCUUGAAAGCUCUAACUCUUAUUGACUUACAGUUAAAAAAUUGUAAUCUUAGUAAUGAAUAAAUUGCUUAGCUUAACACUUCUUUAGGAUAAUGUGAAAAAUUAGAAUCUUUAAUAUUAAAUCUUAAUAAGGAAACUAUUUCAGAUGAUAAAAUAAAUAAAUAAUAUGCAGACUUUAUUAAUUAAAGAUAAAUAAGGAAUUUAGUUGGUGCUAAUAAUAUGAGCAAUGAUUAAAUAUAUGCUCAAAUUUUAUUUUUCAAGCAUAUUUUUAACGGAUCAACUAUUAAGAAGCCUAGAUUAUAAGAAAUUUAAGCAUAAGGAAAUAUUCUAUUAGAAGAAACUAUGAGCAAUCUAAUUAAUCUUAACAGUUUACAAUUAAAUUUAGAUGGAAAUUAAAUUGGAGAUGAAGGUACAAUUUGGAUUUAUACAGUAUUAUGUAGAUGCAAAACACUUACUAACUUAAAUCUGUAGCUUUGGGAUAAUAAAUUGGGUGAAAGAGGCAUAUCGAGCAUUGCAGAAGGUAUUAGCAGUUGUGAUAAACUCACAGCUUUAACUUUAAACACAGCUGCAAAUUUAUUUGGAAAAGAAGGUGCAUUUUCUAUUAGUAAAGCAUUAGAUCGCUGUAGAAUGUUGACUGAUCUAGAUAUUAACCUCUCCAACAAUUAAAUUGGAGAGGAAGGAGCAACUGCUAUUUUUGUAGCACUAAGUACCUGUAAAUUACUUAUGAAUUCAAAAUUUGUGCUUGAUAACAAUUAAAUUGGGGAUGAAGGAUCAUAUUCUUUUGGAACUGCAUUAAGUAACUUACAGUUACUUAUUAAUUUAAAAUUUUGUCUAAGGUAAAACAAAAUCGGUGAUAAAGGAGCAUUAAGCAUUGGUUUAGGCUUAAGUAAAUGUAACCAACUUACGAAUUUAGAUAUUGGAAUGGAUGGAAAUAAAAUUGGAGAUUAAGGAGCAUAAGAUAUUGGAUUAGGCUUGAGUAAUUGCAUUCAACUAACAAACUUAAAAAUUUGGAUAUGCUAGAAUUAAAUUGGGGAUGAUGGAGCUUCUGCUAUAAGUACAGCACUUGCUAACUGCAAAUUCCUUACUAAUCUAGAUUUGAAUUUUUCGGAAAAUAAAAUCGGUGACAAAGGAGCAUAAAAUAUUGGAUUAGGUUUCAGUAACUACACUCAACUUACAAAUUUAGAAUUUUAGAUAGACUCAAAUUAAAUUGGAGAUGAUGGAGUUUCUGCUAUCAGUGCAGCACUUAGUAAUUGCAAAUUACUUACUAGUCUCAGUUUUAGUAUAAUGUAUAAUAAAAUCGGCGAUAAAGGAGCAUAUAAUAUUGGAUUAGGUUUGAGUAACUGCACUCAACUUAUAAAUUUAGAGUUUUGGAUAGACUCAAAUUAAUUUGGAGAUGAUGGAGCUUCUACUAUUGGUACAGCACUUGGUAACUGUAAAUUCCUUACUGAUCUCGUUUUUCAUAGUUACGAAAAUGAUAUUGGUGAUAAAGGAGCAUAAAAUAUAGGAUUAGGUUUGAGUAACUGCACUUAACUUACAAAUUUAGAAUUUAUCAUAGGAGAAAAUUAAAUUGGAGAUGAUGGAGCUUCUGUCAUCGGUACAGCAAUUAGUAAUUGCAAAUUACUUACUAAUCUUUAUUUUAAUAUUACGGAAAAUAAAAUUGGUGAUAAAGGAGCAUAAAAUAUUGGAUUAGGUUUGAGUAACUGCACUCAACUUACAAAUUUAUAAUUAUGGAUAAAUUCAAAUUAAAUUGGAGAUGAUGGUGCUUCUACUAUCGGUAUAGCACUUGCUAAUUUUAAAUUUCUUACUAAUCUCGCUUUUUGUAUUGCGCAGAAUAAAAUCGGUGUUAAAGGAGCAUAAAAUAUUGGAUUAGGUUUGAGUAACUGCACUCAACUUACAAAUUUAAAAUUUGUCAUACACUCAAAUCAAAUUGGAGAUGAUGGAGCUUCUGCUAUCGGUGCAGCACUUAGUAAUUGUAAAUUGCUUACUAGUCUCAUUUUUAUUAUUAUAGAAAAUAAAAUCAGUGAUAAAGGAGCAUAAAAUAUUGGAUUAGGUUUGAGUAACUGCACUCAACUUUCAAAUUUAAAAUUUUGGAUUAAUGAAAAUUAAAUUGGAGAUGAUGGAGCUUCUGCUAUUGGCACAGCGCUUAGUAAUUGCAAAUUGCUUACUAAUCUUCGUUUUAAUAUUUCGAGAAAUAAAAUUGGUGAUAAAGGAGCAUAAAAUAUUGGAUUAGGUUUGAGUAACUGCACUCAACUUUCAAAUUUAAAAUUUUGGAUAAAUGGAAAUAAAAUUGGAGAUGAUGGAGCUUCUGCUAUCGGUACAGCACUUAGUAAUUGCAAAUUGCUUAUUAAACUUCUUUUUAAUAUUUCGUAAAAUGAUAUUGGUGAUAAAGGAGCAUAAAAAAUUGGAUUAGGUUUGAGUAACUGCAAUCAACUUACAAAUUUAGAAUUUAGGAUAAAUUCAAAUUAAAUCGGGGAUGAUGGAGCUUCUACUAUCGGUACAGCAUUUGGUAACUGUAAAUUCCUUACCUAUCUAGAUUUUGCUAUUGUUAAUAACCAAAUCUGUUAUAAAGGAGCAUAAAAUAUUGGUUUAGGUUUGAGUAACUGCACUCAACUUACAAAUUUAAAAUUUUGGAUAAACUCAAAUUAUAUUGGGGAUAAUGGAGCUUCUGCUAUCAGUAUAGCACUUAGUAACUGCAAAUUUCUUACUAGUCUCACUUUAUAUAUUCAUAAUAACAAAAUUGGUGAUAAAGGAGCAUAAAAUAUUGGAUUGGGUUUGAGUAAAUGCUCUCAACUUUCACAUUUAGUUUUUGGUUAAGAUAUUAAUGAGAAGUUUCUAAAAUCCUGUGAUAUUAUCAACUGUAAAAAUAUAAAGUUAUUGACUCUUUAUACAACAUCUAAGCAAAGAAAAACAAAAUCAGAAAUCAAAAGAUUAGCUUAAAAAAUAAAAAGAUUAGUUAUAUUAAAAGUAGAUUGA